AUGCCUGAUCUCAACAGCCUUGCCGAAACGUGCGGCCUGGUAUUCGGCAGGGAUUAUGUUGGCAAGGUGCUGCGCGACAAGUUUGAGAGGCAGUGCAACGUGAUCGUCAAGGUGAUGCGCACCCAAGAGAAAGAGACCAAGGUCAAGCAAAGGCCGGUAAGCUUUUCGAAUACACUGCCGGGUCCUUCGACGCCUAUGCAUGAUUUGGAGCUGGGGAGGAAUGUUUCCAGAGAGGCUGUUGGUGUUUCUGCGGAUGAUGAUUCAUCCAUGGGUGAUGAUGCUAUGGAUGAUGAGUGUUUGAGGAUUCUUGUCGAGAAAUCGGGGACAACGUUACUUGUUUGA